AUGCAUGAUGGAUCCAACACACUUUGGAUUUUCUCGGAGAGUAUUCGAUUAUUGAAAAACAAUUUUAUUGAGGUGUUUUAUAGAGAGGAAAAAGUUGGUGUCAUUGACGAGAAGGUGAAACAGAUCCUCCACACCCAAGAUAACAAUUAUUACACAGCCAAAGCGCUUGCAGAAAAACUUGAUUCCAAGAAGUACAAUGGAGGUGAUUAUUUCUCUAACUAUAGUUACAAGCUUGGUGAUAACAACAAGGUAAAUGACGACACAUUGAGAGACACGUACAAGUUUACAAGAAGAGAAGAGGGAAGAAUUGAAGAAGUCGUUGACGCUAUGAGGAGACAACCACUUCCUCCUAUCUUUGAGCCACCUAAAGAUCCUUUUCAUCCUCCUUUGAUUCCAAAACCAAUAUUCCCUAGAGGUGACCCUACGGUAGGAGGUCAACCACCUGUCAAAGGUGUUGAAGAGAUGUUAACUGAUAAUCUUUUGCAAUUCAUUACUUUGAAAUUGAAGGGUCUUUCUCUCCACGAGUUGAUUAAAGUUUCCAAUGUCGUUCUUACGUUGGAAGAGGAAAGAGGAAUGAAAAGAAAGCAAUAG